GUAGGGAGUUGAAGGAGAGGGGUAUGUCAUUGAAGAAGUGUAAGGGCUAUGUUUUGGAGGUUGGAAAGUGCAGUUGUAUAGUGACAACUAAAAAUAAUAUCCCAGAUUGCUAUACGAGUAUCAGUAUGAUUGGUAGUACUG